AUGGCCGCAGACGUGGAUAAAAACAGCUUUGAUAAAGACAGCGAGGGUCGGCAGAAUGGGCGCCGGACCCCGGGCUCCGGGUCCUGGUUCUACAGGGGGCUGUGGACCCUGCUGUUGGUCUUUGCUGUCCCCUUUAUCGCUUUCGGGAUCAAGUAUUACCAGGAUGCUCGGCUCCUCAGAAGACAUGAGGAGAGUGUCCGAGCUCUGGGUGCCGAGGGCAUUUUUCUGUUCUCCUCCUUAGACACCGACCAUGACCUCUACCUCAGUCCAGAGGAGUUUAAACCCAUCGCAGAGAAGCUCACAGGCAUUACACCCACAGUGGAUUUGGAGGAGGAAAUAGUCCAUGACCCCAAUGGAGAGACUUUGAUCUUGGAGGCAAAAAUGCAGCCUCUGCAGCUUGACUCCAUGACCAAGAGCAAGGAUGGUUUUCUUGGGGUCUCCCACAGCUCUCUUAGUGGACUCCGCUCCUGGAAGAGCCCUGCAGUGCCUUCGUCAUCAUUCUCUGCCAGCCAGUUCAGGGUGUUUCUCCCCACAAAAAACAAAUUAGAAGUUGGAGACACGUGGUGGGUGAUUCCCAGCGAGCUCAACAUUUUCACUGGAUACCUGCCUAACAACAGAUACCACCCUCCUACCCCAAAGGGCAAAGAGGUUCUAAUCCACACCUUGCUGAGCAUGUUCCACCCCCGACCCUUCAUCAAGACCCGCUUUGCUCCUCAGGGCAUGGUCGCCUGCAUCCGCGCCAGCAGUGACUUUUACUAUGACAUCGUUUUCAGGAUUCAUGCAGAGUUCCAGCUCAACGACGUUCCAGACUUCCCCUUCUGGUUCACCCCGGGCCAGUUCACGGGGAACAUCGUCCUCUCUAAAGACGCGUCCCACGUCCGCCACUUUCACCUUUACGUCCCCAGUGACAGGUCUCUGAACGUGGACAUGGAGUGGCUCUAUGGAGCCAGCGAGAGCAGUAACAUGGAGGUGGACAUUGGCUACCUGCCUCAGUUGGAGCUGCAGUCCACUGGCCCCUCAACUCCCUCCCAGAUUGUGGAUGAGGAGGGAAACGUCAUCGACAGUCGGGACGGCAGCGGCGAGCCAAUUCAGUUUGUCUUCGAGGAAAUUCACUGGAGCUCAGAGAUCAGUCAGCAAGAAGCUGCCCGCCGUCUGGAGGUCACCCUCUACCCCUUUAAGAAGGUGCCCUACCUGCCUUUCUCUGAGGCUUUUGAGCGAGCUGAGGCCGAGAACAAGCUGGUUCAUUCCAUUCUGCUGUGGGGAGCUUUAGAUGACCAGUCCUGCUGAGGUUCGGGGCGAACUCUCCGGGAGACAGUCCUGGAAAGUUCGCCCGUCCUGGCUCUGCUCAACCAGAGCUUCAUCAGCACCUGGUCUCUCGUCAAAGAGCUGGAGAACAUGCAGGCUGAGGAGUGGAACCCCGCACUGAGUGAAAAGGCUCGCUUACACCUGGAAAAGUACAAUUUUCCCGUGGAGAUGAUGCUGGCUCUUCCCAACGGAACCAUUGUUCACCACAUCAAUGCUAACUACUUUCUAGACCAAACAGCUAUCAAGCCUGAGGAGGAGGAAGCCACUUUCAGCUUUUCUAGUGGAUUUGAGGACCCUUCCACAUCUAUUUACAUUAGCUUCCUUAAAGACGGGCUGGAGAAAGCUAAGGAAUACAUGGCACAG